UCUUUUUUGUGUGUUGCUCUCCCCCACCUUCAGAAAUCCGGCUGGAGGCUGUCCUACAGCAGCACGCGAGCGAGCGCGCGAGAGGCUCCCGCGGAUUAGAUCGUCUGCAGCCUCUGCUCUGCUAGCGCUCCGGCACAGACGCGCUCUCCCGCGCACACGGGGCUCUAUGGGAUUUCCCCUGCUCCCUCGGCUGGCCGACCACUUCCAGACGGGUCUCGUCUCCGCUGGUCCUGGUUCCGGAGGCUGCUGAGCUGGGAGAGAGGGGGCAGGAAGGGAGAGGACCGAUGGCAGUUGGGGACACAUGUUGAGCUGAAGGAUUCCCCCCGGAGGCAGAUUGAUUCCUUUUCUUUUUGUUUUCUAAGGAAGCACAACCCUCACUGUCGCCUCUGUUUUUUGUUUUAUUUUGCUUGGCUUGCUUUCCGUCCCUGCUGGUCGACCUAUUGUUCCCUGUGAAACAAUGGACCUGAGCAAGAUGGCUGUGAGCAUCAACAAGGCCAUCAACACUCAAGAGGUUGCAGUCAAGGAGAAGCAUGCGAGAACCUGCAUCCUGGGAACCCACCACGAGAAGGGAGCCCACACCUUCUGGGCGGCCAUUAACCGCCUUCCGCUGUCCAGCAACGCCGUGCUGUGCUGGAAGUUCUGCCACGUGUUCCACAAGCUCCUGCGCGACGGGCAUCCCAACGUCCUGAAGGACUCCAUGAGGAACAAGGCUGACCUCAGCGAUAUGAGCCGAAUGUGGGGUCACCUCAGCGAGGGGUACGGCAGACUGUGCAGCAUCUACCUCAAACUGCUCAUCACCAAGAUGGAGUUCCACAUCAAGAACCCCCAUUUCCCUGGCAACCUCCAGAUGACGGACAGACAGCUGGACGAGGCAGGAGAGAAUGACGUCAAUAACUUCUUCCAGAUGACUGUAGAGAUGUUUGACUACCUGGAGUGCGAGCUGAAUCUCUUCCUCGCCGUUUUCAGCUCCCUGGACAUGUCGCGCUCCGUGUCGGUGACCGCAGCCGGACAGUGCCGACUGGCCCCCCUCAUUCAGGUCAUCCUGGACUGCAGCCACCUGUACGACUACACCGUCAAACUGCUCUUCAAGCUGCACUCUUGCCUCCCUGCGGACACUCUCCAGGGCCACCGAGACCGAUUCCAGGAACAGUUCAAGAAGCUGAAGAGUCUGUUCUACCGCUCCAGUAACCUGCAGUACUUCAAGAGGCUCAUCCAGAUCCCACAGCUGCCAGAGAACCCCCCCAACUUCCUGCGGGCGUCGGCGCUGUCGGAGCACAUCAGCCCCGUGGUGGUGAUCCCCGCAGAGGCCUCGUCCCCCGAAAGCGAGCCCGUGGUGGAGACGGAGGAGCUGGUGGACACCGACGCCCUGGCCCAGCCGAGUUCAGAGAACAGGUUUGAUGACAUCUUCGGCACAUCCUCGGCCUCCGACCCCUUCAACUUCAACAGCCAGAACGGCGCGCACAAGGACGAGAAAGACCGGCUCAUCGCGAAGCUGUCCCGGGAAGUCAGAGCUCUGAAAGAGGAGCUGGAGUCCUUCCGGCUGGAGAGUGCCCGGCUCUGCCAGGCCCUGCGCGGGCGGGUGAGCGAGCUGGAGGCAGAGCUGGCAGAGCAGACGCACCUGAAGCAGCAGGCCCUGGGCGAGAGCGAGUUCCUCCGCGCAGAGCUGGAGGACCUGCGCAGAGUAAAGGAAGACACCGAGAAGGAGCAGCGCAGCCUGACGGAGAUCGAGAGGAAAGCUCAGGCCAACGAGCAGAGGUACACCAAGCUGAAGGAGAAGUACACAGAGCUGGUGCAGAGCCACGCGGACCUCCUGAGGAAGAACGCGGAGGUGACCAAGCAGAUGACGGUGGCGCGGGCCGCGCAGGAUGAGGUGGAGAGCGUGCGCCGGGAGAUGCAGGAGAAAGUGCGGGCGGCCAGGGAGGAGGCCGAGCACCAGGAGAAAGAGCAGGCAGAGCAGCUGCAGGCCUUCCAGACAGAGCUGUGCACCAGCAGAGCAGAGCUGGAGCGACUGAGAGGGACCAUGGCCUCCUCACAGCAGUCGAGUGCAGAGCUGAGCUCCCGGCUGGCGGCCCUGGAGGCGGAGAAGGCGGCCCUGGCGGAGGGCGUGGCCCAGAAGGAGGCGGAGCUGGCGGGCCUGGGGGAGGAGCUGGAGCGCGUGCAGAAGAGCCUGGCCAGCGAGCGGGAGAGCGGGGUGAAGGCGUCCGAGGCGCUGCAGAACCAGCUCAACGAGAAGGAGACCCGGGAACAGGCGCUAGAGAGCCAGCUGGUAGGCUCCCGCUGGGCCGCCCUGCAGGGAGCACUCGACGAGGCUCAUAGGAUCAUACAGGACUCAAUGGCGCGGAUUGAAGACCCCGCGCACAUCAGCUGCACCAGCUCCGCCGACUACCUGGUGUCGCGGAGCCAGGCUGCGCUGGACAGUGUGGACAGACUGCAGGCCGCCAGGGACAAGUAUCUGACUGACGACACAGAUGUGUCGGAGCUGCUGCGGUCGGUGGCCCAGUUUGCCCACCUGGUUGGCGAUACGAUAGUGCAGGGCAGCGCGACGUCCCACAUGGUUCCCCUGGAGCAGGCGGACUCGCUCGCGGAGGCCGUGAAGGCGUGUGGCGCGGAAGCCUUGGCGUUGCUGUGCCAGCUGAAGGAGCAGGGGACGCUGGGCAGCGCGGACAGCGCCCAGCUGAGGGCCGGCCUGGCCCGGGUGCAGGCCCUCGCCGAGAGUCUGCGUCCUCGGGGGCUGGAGCUGCAGCAGGGGGAGCUGGGAGACUUGGUGGAGCAGGAGAUGGCAGCCACCUCCAUCGCCGUAGAAACAGCCGCCGCCAGAAUCGAGGAAAUGUUGAACAAGUCCAGAGCUGCUGAUUCAGGAGUUAAAAUGGAGGUCAACGAAAGGAUCCUGGCCUCCUGCACAGAGCUGAUGCAGGCCAUCAAGGUGCUGGUGCUGUCCUCCAAAGACCUGCAGCGCGACAUCGUGGAGAGCGGGAGGGGGGCAGCGUCAACCAAGGAGUUCUAUGCCAAGAAUUCCCGCUGGACGGAGGGACUGAUCUCCGCCUCCAAGGCAGUGGGCUGGGGGGCGACAGUGAUGGUGGAUGCGGCUGACCUGGUGGUGCAGGGCCAGGGGAAGUUCGAAGAGCUGAUGGUGUGCUCCCACGAGAUCGCAGCCAGCACCGCGCAGCUGGUGGCCGCCUCAAAGGUGAAGGCUGAUAAGGACAGUACCAACCUGGGCAGGCUGCAGCAGGCGUCCCGCAGAGUCACCCAGGCCACCGCUGGCCUCGUGGCCUCCACCAAGUCGGGCAAGUCGCAGAUCGAAGAGACAGACACCAUGGAUUUCUCCAGCAUGACGCUCACCCAGAUCAAGAGGCAGGAGAUGGACUCACAGGUGCGGGUGCUGGAGCUGGAGAUGCACCUACAGAAGGAGCGGGAGCGGCUGGGCGAGCUGCGGAAGAAGCACUACAUGCUGGCGGGCGUGGCGGAGGGCUGGGGCGAGGAGGAGGGGACUGGCUGAGGCCCAGGCCCCGCCCCCGUUUCCACGGCGCAGACUGGGCUGCUCCCUCCUGCCCCUCCCUCUCAUCAAACCUUUUCUACUCUUCCAUUCUCUCCCUUUUUAGUUUGAUUUUUAUUCCAAGCCAAAAUAAAAGGUGCUUUUCCUCAGCCAUCUAUUCCUCCCGCAGCCCGAAGACUGUGAAACUUCCCUGAUCUAGAGCGAGACACCCUGAACAGGGGCAAGAGGCGAGACUUGUGCACGCUUGGGACAGAAGGUCUGUGGGGGGGAUACUGGCCGCCUGCCUUGUCCUGGUGCCACCCCCUGGAGUGCUGAAGAACUACAAGCCUGCAGCUGUUGGACGGAUACCUUUUCUGUCUUCAGACUCUCAAGUUGACAAGAGGACACUUUUACACUCUGCAGCCAAUGAGAACUCUUUUAUAAAAACAGUUUUAAAAUUAAGGACCCUUUUGCGAGAAAACGCCUCUCCGACAGCUGAGGGUCAGAAUUUGAGUGCUGGACGUCCUCAGCAGCCGGAGGGCGAUGCCCAUGCUGCAGGGGCGUCCUCGCGGGCCAGGACGCGUCACAGAGCUCAGGGAUGAGGGUCUCCACACAGGUUUGAAGUAGGCUGGAGCUGAUUGGGUCAGCCCACGGGGUGUCCUGGCCCUCUCGCUGUGGACACCGGUCCCGCAGAAAGAGAUUUUAAACUUCCCACUGGUGGUGGGGGGGCAAUGGGAGGUGGCAGCACACGUCUGUGUUGCUCUUAUUUUAAAUUCCCAGGUGCUCGAUGAAUAACUUCCAGGCGGCUGCUGCAGAGUUCUCCACGUGUCUGUGGGGGGCUUGUAAAGAGAGGAGAAGCUGGCCAGACUGGGUCGUCCCGGGUCCCAGAGUUGGGAUCUCGCAUCGCUGCUCUGGUGGCCUUGGUCCAGACCCUGGUCAGACAGCCUGGCACACUCGUGCAGAAGAGGACAUCUUUCUUGGACAGUAUUGUUCAGACUAUUCCACUGUGCUACUGGGACCCCUCUUCCACUAAGGUGCAUGCAGGAAGGCAAAAAAAGCACUCCAUGCUUAUUUUUGAAGUGUUUCCCAUUUUUUUCCUUCUCUGUCUCCUGUCUGUCUGGCAUUGGCCAUUUUGCACACUAACUCAGGCUUGCGUUCAUGCACAGUUCUCUAUUUAAUCUAUUUAAUAACUCGGGUGCAGGAGGUUCUUGCAGGGGCCUGAGCAGUGGCAGGGGCUGGUGUUGCCGAGAAGAUGACUGUUCUCUCUUCCUAGAGUUUUCCGUGAUCAAUGAGAAACCUCACACUUGGGUUGUAGAUUGUAGCUCUCUGUGCUUGACAGUGAUUAGACUGUUCUUGACUCCAUUAGUGAUUUUACAGCAGUAAUAAGGGAUUGAUCUCUUUACAGAACGGAAGGGGGGCUUGUACUUCAUGGUUUGUGCUCAGUGGCAUUCUGUGGCAGAAUCAGCUGGGGUAGCAGUGUUUUGUACCCCGUGCACAUACUGUGCCUUGCAGAAGUAUUCGCUUCCUGUAUGUUGAAGAAUUCUAAGAAAUCUACAGCAUUUUUUAUCAAACUGUACACUGAUAUGAGGAGGUUGAAUGCAAACAAAAUCUGCAAACAUACAAAGUCUGUUUGUUGCAUAAGUAUUCAGCUGUCUAAGUCGGUGCUUGGUGGCAGUACCUUUGACAACAGUUACUGCUGUCAGUAUCUUUGUAUCAGUCUCUACCAGCUGUGCACAGUGAGGUGGUGUAAUUUCACCUAUUCCUCCCAGCGAACUCCAGAACUCCAGCUCUGACAAGUUGGUGAUGGAUUAUUCUGUUGUGAUUUGUAAGUUUCCUCUGUUUCAAUCACUGGGUCACUCAAAGACCAUCGCUCUGGCUGUGCUUCAAGCCAUUGUCCUGCUGAAAUGUGAGUUUUCAGCCCAGUUUUCAAUUCUGGGGUGACGAGGACUUUUUCCUCUAGGAUUUGCCUGAACUUGGGCAGCAUUGAUUUUUCCUCAGUUCGUGUUCCCUCAUUUUUCAUUUUUUGCCAGAAUGCAAUUAGACCAAAAGAUUACAUUUUUGUUACAUCUAACAGUAGAUUUCUGUCUCACAUUUUCGUUCUUUCUCAUACACAAUAUGAGUCUUUUUCAGUUAAGAAGUUUUCUUGCCCGUUGCCCAUACUGGCCAGCUUUGUGUAGGGACCACAGCAAUUGUCAGUGUAUUAAUAGUGACUCCUUUCUUAAACAGAGCUCUGCAGAUCUUCACAAGUCACUGCUGGCCUCAGCGUCGUGCAAAAUCAUUUCCUCUGCCUGGUUGUUGUUUGGAAGGGCUGCCUGGUCUAGAUAGCAUCUGGGUGGUAUGAUGUACAUUCCACUUAAUGAUGCACUUCACUGUUCUCAGAGGAACCUUCUCCUGAUCUGUGCCUCACUACUACUUUAUUCUUGACCUGUACCAAAACUUCCUUGGUCUACAAGGUCGAUUUCUUGUAUCACUGUGAAAGAUGUUUGAAAUCUAAUUUCAAUCUGAGGGAACCUUUAGCAUAUGCCGGUGUAUUUACUUUGAUGCCACGUUAGUCCACUUAGAUUACACACAGACUGUGCCUAUAACACUGGGAUCUUUCAAACAAUUUUUUGCAUCUUAACCGAUUUCAGGUUACCUUAAAAAAGAGGUUGAAUACUUAUGCACCCGAUAAUCUACUAAAUUUCUUUGAAAAUCUAAUAUCUGCUGCCUGUCGGCAUUUUUAACUAUUAGUUUGGAGUAAAUAUAUGAAACAUGAAGUCCUGUCUGAAAGUGUUGUGACUGCAGGCUCAGACAGCAAUAAAAUGUGCAGACAUUUGCAGCAAGUGAAUGCUCUUGCAAGACAUUAGAUAAUAUUGACUUAGAAAAUGUGGACGAUGGGGGAAAAACAUUGAAUAGUUUUUCCUUGAAACAUUGUUCUUUAAUUCAGUUUUUGAAAUCAAACUAAAUGUUUCAUCUGCUGUGUUCUGCAGCAGCUUUAACUGAAUCUCAGUGUUCUGUAAGCAGAGGCCUCAGGCGCAGCCUGACCUGUUCAUUAAUGGUUUCACUGGCUCUAUAGAAGCAGCAGGGACCGAGUCCUGUUUGGACAGCAGUGGAGAAAUGCUGCCUCCUAUAGUCUACAUUUCAGUUAGGUGACAGUAAAUAGCCUUAAGUCAAAGACAUCUCUUUUGAUUAACAAAGUCUUGUGUUAACCAAUCGCAGGCUGCUUUGCAAACAAGAUGAGCGAUUGUAAAGACAGCCUUGGUGCCCUUGACAGCACGUAUCCGAGAUCUCUUCCCAUGCUGCGCUGGUCACAUUGUCCCUCCGCUGGCGAUCGGGUUCCCAUCGCAGCAGUCUGCCCAGCCCGGCGAGCCCUGCGACUCCAGGGCGCUUUGAAACCACAGCUGCGGUCAGGUGUGUCGUCGGGGUGAUUGUUGACUACGAGGUCACUUGUGAAGUUUGUGUACAUAUGUAUAUUUAAAAAUCAGGUGAAAAGGAUGUCAGUGCCUUUGGAGGGAGGGGAGACGGUGUGCUUCCACUCUGAAAUGUGGAAUGUUUUUGAGAAGUGGAAGGAAGAGGACUUUAAAAUGGAGUUUCCAUUUUGGUGCAUUUUGCUUUAAAGGGGGUGUUGUGUCAGGUGAGGCGCACAGCCUGCCAGCGUAAAAGCUGAGCGUUUGUAAAAGAGCCUGUUGAGGCCCUGCGAUCCGGAGGCGAGCGCCAUGCGCUUCCUGCUGCACUCCUCCCUCUCAGGCCUGAAGUGGCUGCAGCAGAGCGGCGAGGAGAGGCCCAGGGAGGUGCUUCCAGUGCGGCUUGGACUGGGUGAGAGCGAGAGACCGUCGAUUCUGUUUUCAAGGUGCUGUUCUUUUUUUUUUUUUAUUUUGUAAUCUGUAGCAGUUACCGUAACUACAUGUCGCAACUUCCCAGUACCAUGUAAAUGGUCACUGUUCUGUGUUUGAGUGCUCCGCAGGGUGAGGAGAGGGGGCGGAGUGGUCCUGCGGGUUUGCUGGUGUGGCGGUCCGGCCAGUGCUGCACCCUGGGGCCUGUAGUCCAGAGACCCCUGCCUGGCACCCCCACACGGGCGGCGGUCAGGCUCCCAGGAGCCUGGAGCAGUAUUAUCCGCAUGAGCUGCGCAGCUUCCAAGGGCUCCGUGGUGCGAGAGGAGCUGGGUGACCCUCCUGCACAGCCCAGAAGGCGCAGGCACGCCCCUCCCCACCCCAGCCCUGCAGUGAGCUGAGCGAGGUAACAGUUGUGUUUCCAGGUGGGGUUAAUAAAGGGAAAUACAGGUGUGUAACAGAUCUGUGAUUGCAGUUUUUCUUAGGUGUGAGAAAUGUAGAAUAACCCAAACCGGUAGAUCAUCACAGCCUUAGCCAUGAAGUGUUUGUCCUGGCAGACCAGCGCUGGUUUAAUGAAUUGGAGCACAGUGUGGAGCGAGUGAGUGGGUCAGUCUGCGUGCCGUGGGCACCUGUGUGUGCGGGUCUAUUUAUGUGGUGUGUGUGGGUGUGAUCCAGCUUCUCCAAGUUCAUCCUGUACUUACAGCACUGCUUUAGUUUGUCUUGGAAAAGUGAUAACACUGGGUAUUUUAUUAUUUUUCAGAUUUUAUUAUUCAGAUGAUAUGUUAGAUUAAUAGAGUUUCUGGUUUCUAUCGUUGGUCCUACCAAGCCCAGCCAGCCUUUCAACUGCCUCUCUUUUGCUUCACGAUGGAAAAAUACAACUUUAUUAAAUUCAACAACAGAAAAUAUAUAUAAAAACUGCUUCUUUGUACAAUAUACUAGAAGUGUGUUUUUUGUUUUUAAUUAAAUAUAUAAAACAUG